UUGUCUUACUCACUAAUUUUCAUAGAGCUCUAUCUCUUUCUUGCGAAUCAUAUGAUAGUUGCAAUAGUUUUUCUAUUGUGACGGUUAAUAAUAUGUGGGAGGGAGAAUAAAUUGAGGUUAUAAAUUGAAUCUGGAAAUGAAAAUAAUUUAAUAAUAGAAUAUGAACGAGCUUUGCUGUAAUCUGUGAAUAAGAUUUAGUUCAAAAUGGCAUUACUGGGUGCCCAACUAGUUAUAACACUGGUAAUGGUGUCAGUGAUACAGAAACUGGGAAGUAAUUACUCGUUAGCCAAAUGGCUGCUCUGUUCGCGAGGGUUGUACCGGUAUUUGUACCCAGAUAACAGUGAAUUGAAGACAUUAGCAGGGGUGCCUAAAGAAAAGCCGAAAGGUAAAAAGGGCGGCAAAAGUGAAUCGAAUGGGAAGCCAGAAACGUUUCACGUGCCCCGCAGCCUCGAGAUCCAACUGGAGACGGCCCCGGUGACGCUGCUGGAUGUUCAAUACUUGAGGUUUUAUCCUGAAUAUCUAUGGAUAGUCGAUUUCUCACUUUACACUGCUAUUGUGUACAUCAUGUCAGAGAUGUAUACUUCAGUAUUUCCACUGAAGGAUGAAUUCAACCUGAGCAUGGUUUGGUGCCUUCUGGUGGUGCUGUUUUCAUUAAAGGUACUUUUGUCCCUCACAAAGCAAUACUUCACAAGCGAAGAGUCCAUCGGUGAGCGGUCCACGUGCAUCGUGGCCUUCUGCGUCUUCCUGCUUAUAGCCAUGAUUGUGCUGAUCAUCGAUGAGUCUAACCUGGAGGUUGGAGUGGACCCAGCGUAUGACAGCUUCUUCGAAAAUGCCUCAAAGUUCUUGGAGAACCAGGGACUGUCAUCUGUGGGUCCAGCUUCAAAGUUGAUAAUAAAGUUGUCCCUAGCUGUGUGGGCGGCAAUCGUUGGCACACUCUUCACGUUCCCUGGCUUGAGAGUGGCUCGGAUGCACUGGGACUCACUAAGAUACUAUGGUGACAGUAAAGUGAAGGCUCUUUUACUAAAUAUUAAUUUCGCGAUGCCAUUCGUACUAACACUGCUCUGGAUCCGCCCUGUCACGAAGUACUACCUAACCGUUAGAAUAUUCAGUGGAAUGGAGAAACCCAUUAUGACAGCAGACGCGUUCGACACCGCUCGCCUGGCUCUCCUAGCAGCCACGGUGGCGCUGCGAGUGGCUCUCAUGCCGCGCCAGCUGCAAGCCUACCUGGACAUGGCGCAGCGCCGCCUGGACGCCGUGCGCAAGGAGGCUGGGAGGAUCACCAACAUCGACCUGCAGAAGAAGGUAGCCUCAGUAUUCUACUACCUCUGCGUGGUAGCUCUCCAGUACGUCUGCCCGCUCGUCAUGAGCCUGUACCUCGCGCUCAUGUACAAGACGCUCGGCGGCUACUCCUGGGCCGCCGUGUUCUAUGAGACUGUACGGAACGAGACUGAAAGCGUGGUGGUACCAGAUUUGGGGGCGGCGGAACAGUAUCAGCUGGCGUGGGAGAAUCUUAAGAUGAUCUUCACGACAGAGGUAUACCGUGGGGUCUUAGGUUUCGCGACGUGGUGGUGCUGCUUCGCGUGGUUCCUCACCACGGGACUCGGGCUCGGCUACCAGACCUACUUCCGCAUCUCGUGAGGCCCCGGACAACCCCGGACACGCUCGGACGCCCGGACACCUAGUCACCCCGCCCGGCUUGCAAGAUAUGCUAAGGCAGUGCAAUUUUGUUGUUGUCGAUUUGCCACAAUGUUACGUCACAAUUUUGUUGUAAGUUAAAUUCGUCAGUUAUAAUUUUUGUCGGUGACGAAUCAGCUUUGUGACAAAUCGACAAUAUAAUAGACUAAAAAUAAUGAGUUCGUUCGUUCGCCAGCUACAAUCUACCGCAGGACGACCAAUUUCCUGUUUUUAUGUGAAAUUGAUAGCCAAAAUGAACAUUUUGUCAAAAAAUAAUUAUUGAAGAAUAUUGAAACAUUAUUUUAAAACAAUAUCAUUCACAACGUACAAUUUUACCAGUUACCACUUUAUUAGCCAGAACUAGGGUGAUUGCUAUAGUAAUUAGCAUAUACAUAAGUUAUUGGCAUAUUGGAUUGUUAAUAAGUAAGAGACAAAAAUAUUUACAACAUUGGACUGCAUAUUGCUCAGAAAAAAUAUAUGUCUUUUUUCCUCUCUUAAUAACUUCCAUUAGGCUUGUUUCUUUUCAUUUUAGGCAAGUUGGCCAAUAAUUAUGUAUUGGCUAAUUACUACAGCGAUCACCCUAGUUGCAAAUUGCAAUGCACAAUAAUAUUUAGUUACUUGUACUUGUUUCAUUUCUUCUUUCUAUCAUUUUAAAUAAUAUUAUUAUGUUGAAAUGCUGGUAGAUAUCUUAAUGACGUAUUAGUUGUUAGAAUCAUUUGACCGUCCGAAAACGGAAAUAUAACAAUAAUAAAAUUUUAUACAGCAAGUAGAGUUCCCAUAAUUUUGCCAAAUGUGUCUUUUAGGCCAAUGGGUCACAUUUGCUGCCAUUUUCAGUUUAUUCCUAUUUUAAGAGUACGAAUCUUUGCUUUUGUUUUUAAUGUGGUGUUCACCCAAGUAACUACUGUAAUAAGUAAAUGCCCAUGCAUUAAAUGUAGUACAACCCGAUAGAGUUAACUGCGGAGGUUGGAAUGCGACUCUUCCUCGCACACCUCCCCGCGUUCGCCCUGUCCGUACGAGAGCGUCGAUGUGACGUCACGACUGCCAGGUGUGCAGUUAACUCGACCGGGUUGUACAGUCACGGAAUGAAAAGGUUCGUCAGUUUUCAAAUUGAUUCCUUUAACGAAUCGCGAGCACAUAUUACCUUUUGAAACUAUGUUACAGAAUAAUCUCGAGUUAGAGAAAAUAAUCUUUAACUGUUCGCCAGUAAAGUUCAAAAUUAUUCAGAUCAAAGUUGUUUGACGAUUUAUCUUGUCAAGAAGAUUAUUAUGAUUGAUAAACUAAAACCUUCUUGUUGGUUCAACCUGUCAUUAUUAUUUCUAUUAAAUAAAAAAAACUAUUUUCAAUUGGUCAAUGUCAUCAUUGCAUUGCACUGAUGGGAUAGAAAAAUAAACAAGCAAAACCUUAUUCGUUAGCAAACGUCAUAUUUAUUUAAAUGUUGCAGCACUGUUUCUUGCACUGUUAUGUUGGCAGGUUUGACUCUUACAGUACCUAGUGCAAGCGAAAACCGACACUAAGGUGACGAACCUUUUCAUUCCGCGACUGUACUAAACACAAAACCGUUUUGUAUUUUAUGUAAGUGCAUUAUUUGAUAUUAUGUAUUGUUUUGUAUUACUUUGAAAGACUUUUAGAGGUUAGAUACGUGUUCAAAGAAAGUGGUUGUGUUAUCUAUGACUAAUAAAAAUGACAAAGUAUUUAAUUAUCGAUGAGCUUGCGAUUUCGUCAAAGAUUUUUUUAUUGCAUGAGUGUGUGAUGGUAUGUUCUGGAGACUGUUUUGGUUUUAACUGAUCCAACGUAUUUUUACAUGUUACUCACCAAGUGAAAUUUUAUGAUUUUUUUAUAUCUCUAAAAUUAAAUUUCAUUUGCUAACUGUACCCUAAAAUUGUACCUACAUCCGAGUGUAACCACAGAAUACCUAAGUGUGACCAAAUGGUUAUAUGUAUUGAAUUUUUUAUUAAAUUUAAAAGUAGUAGAUAUGAACUUAAUUAUAUCGUCGAUCGUGUAAUUUUUUUUAUUAGAAGGCGAGUCCAAAGAAUGUAGUGCUGUCUCAAUUAGUUGUUAGGUACUUCUCCAGAGAUCUGAGAUUAAUAUUUCGAAAUAUGUCCGAAUAAUAAACUAGAAAAUCGUUAUUGUUAAAAAAUAUAUUUUGCCCAAUUUUCAUCAAACAAGCAACUGCCUUUUAUAUGAAUAUUUGGUCUUAUAAAUAAGUAUAAAGUAGGUACCUAAUUUAGCACCUAUUUGUGCCAGUUCACCAGCUGUAAUAAAAAUGACAAAGGAACUACAAUAUUGUAUAUUAUGUAAAAUGGUAUCUCGUGUGUUGAUUUAUUUAUUUAUUUUUACGGGACUGUUUUCAAUAAAAAGUUGUAAAAAUAUUA